AUGGCGGAGCGCGGACAGCAGCCUCCUCCCGCGAAACGGCUCUGCUGCCGGCCGGGCGGCGGCGGCGGCGGCGGGGGCAGCAGCGGCGGCGGAGGCGCGGGUGGCGGCUACAGCUCUGCCUGUCGGCCCGGCCCGCGGGCGGGCGGUGCGGCGGCGGCGGCGGCGUGCGGGGGCGGCGCGGUACUGGGGCUGCUGCCGCCGGGCAAGACCCAGAGCCCCGAGUCUCUGCUGGACAUCGCAGCGCGCAGGGUGGCAGAGAAGUGGCCGUUCCAGCGCGUGGAGGAGCGCUUCGAGCGCAUCCCGGAGCCGGUGCAGCGCCGCAUCGUCUACUGGUCCUUUCCCCGCAGUGAGCGGGAGAUCUGCAUGUACUCGUCCUUCAACACCGGCGGCGGCUCCGCGGGCGGCCCCGGCGACGACAGCGGCGGCCCCGGCGGCACGGGCGGCGGCGCGGGCGGCGGCGGCGGCGGCUCCUCAUCCUCGCCGGCUGCCACCUCAGCCGCCGCCACCGCCGCCGCGGGCACCGGGACCCCGUCGGUGGGGGCGGCCAGUGCUGCGGACGGCAGCGACGAGACGCGGCUGCCUUUCCGCCGGGGUAUCGCGCUGCUGGAGAGUGGCUGCGUAGACAACGUCCUGCAAGUCGGUUUCCACUUGAGUGGCACAGUCACGGAACCCGCAGUACAGUCAGAGCCAGAAACCAUUUGCAACGUGGCUAUCAGCUUUGAUCGUUGCAAGAUUACCUCAGUGACCUGCAGCUGUGGAAACAAGGACAUAUUUUACUGUGCCCAUGUUGUGGCAUUGUCUUUAUACCGCAUCCGCAAGCCAGAUCAGGUCAAACUGCACCUUCCCAUCUCAGAGACUCUCUUCCAGAUGAACAGAGACCAGCUGCAGAAGUUCGUUCAGUAUUUGAUCACAGUGCACCACACCGAAGUCUUGCCAACUGCUCAGAAGCUAGCAGAUGAAAUUCUUUCCCAGAAUUCAGAAAUCAACCAAGUUCAUGGUGCUCCUGAUCCCACGGCAGGUGCUAGCAUCGAUGAUGAGAACUGCUGGCACUUGGAUGAAGAGCAGGUGCAGGAGCAGGUUAAACUGUUCCUUUCCCAGGGAGGGUACCAUGGCUCGGGGAAGCAACUUAACUUGCUCUUUGCAAAGGUGCGUGGGGAGAUGUUGAAGAUGAGAGACUCCAAUGGGGCCAGGAUGCUGACCUUGAUCACAGAGCAGUUCAUGGCUGACCCUCGCCUGUCUUGGAGGCAGCAAGAUGCACUAGCAAUGACUGACAAAUACAGGCAGCUCUGGGAUGAGCUUGGUGCUCUCUGGAUGUGUAUAGUAUUAAACCCUCACUGUAAGUUGGAGCAGAAGACAAGCUGGCUAAAACAGCUGAAAAAAUGGAACAGUGUUGAUGUCUGUCCCUGGGAAGAUGGAAAUCAUGGCGGUGAAUUGCCCAACCUAACCAAUGCCCUGCCUCAGGGUGCAAAUGCCAACCAAGAUUCAUCGAACAGGCCCCAUCGGACAGUGUUCACAAGAGCCAUCGAGGCAUGUGAUCUCCACUGGCAGGAUAGUCACUUGCAGCACAUUAUCAGCAGUGACCUGUACACCAACUACUGUUACCAUGACGACACUGAAAACUCCCUCUUUGACUCCCGAGGGUGGCCCCUCUGGCAUGAACAUGUUCCAACAGCCUGUGCAAGAGUGGAUGCAUUGCGCUCUCAUGGGUACCCCAGAGAAGCCCUGAGAUUAGCAAUAGCUAUUGUGAACACGUUACGGCGACAGCAACAGAAACAGUUGGAAAUGUUCCGGACUCAAAAAAAAGAGCUACCCCAUAAAAGUAUAACCUCAAUAACCAAUCUGGAAGGCUGGGUUGGACACCCCUUGGACCCCGUGGGCACUCUCUUCAGCAGCCUCAUGGAGGCUUGCCUCACUGAGGAUGAAACCUUCUCUGGGCUCCCAGAUUUUACAGAAAACGUGGGACAGUGCAAGUCCCUGGAAUACCAUCAUCUGCCUGCACACAAGUUCUUAGAAGAAGGGGAGUCCUAUGUGACGCUGGCUGUGGAAGUGGCCCUCAUAGGACUGGGGCAGCAGCGGAUCAUGCCUGAUGGGCUGUACACUCAAGAGAAAGUUUGCCGGAAUGAAGAGCAGCUCAUUUCUAAGCUUCAGGAAAUUGAAUUGGAUGACACACUGGUGAAAAUUUUUCGCAAGCAAGCAGUCUUCCUGUUAGAAGCUGGCCCAUACAGUGGUUUAGGUGAAAUAAUCCACCGGGAGAGUGUUCCAAUGCACACAUUUGCCAAGUAUCUCUUCACCUGUCUCCUACCUCAUGAUGCUGAACUGGCAUACAGAAUUGCACUGAGAGCAAUGCGGUUACUAGUAUUGGAAUCUACUGCUCCAACCGGAGACCUCACCCGCCCCCACCACAUCGCAUCAGUUGUCCCCAACCGAUACCCUCGUUGGUUCACUUUAAGUCACAUUGAAUCCCAGCAAUGUGAGCUGGCAUCCACCAUGCUAACUGCAGCCAAAGGCGAUGUUCGGAGGCUGGAAACAGUAUUAGAAUCCAUCCAGAAAAACAUUCACUCCUCAUCACACAUCUUUAAGCUUGCCCAGGAUGCAUUUAAAAUAGCAACUCUCAUGGACAGUUUGCCAGACAUCACUCUUUUGAAAGUAUCUCUGGAGCUGGGCCUGCAGGUAAUGCGAAUGACACUGUCAACCCUCAAUUGGCGACGGCGAGAAAUGGUGCGGUGGCUGGUGACAUGUGCUACUGAAGUUGGUGUUUAUGCCCUGGACAGCAUCAUGCAGAGCUGGUUUACUCUCUUCACCCCCACUGAGGCCACAAGUAUUGUUGCGACUACCGUGAUGUCCAACAGCACCAUAGUCCGCCUCCAUCUGGACUGCCACCAGCAGGAAAAGCUGGCCAGCAGUGCCCGGACACUGGCGUUGCAGUGCGCCAUGAAGGACCCUCAGAAUUGUGCCCUCUCUGCACUGACCCUCUGUGAAAAGGAUCACAUAGCUUUUGAGACGGCGUACCAAAUUGUCCUCGAUGCUGCUACCACCGGCAUGAGCUACACACAGCUCUUUACAAUAGCACGGUACAUGGAGCACCGCGGGUACCCCAUGAGGGCCUACAAGCUGGCAACCCUGGCCAUGACCCAUCUCAACCUGAGCUACAAUCAGGACACACACCCUGCCAUUAAUGACGUUCUGUGGGCCUGUGCACUUAGUCACUCCCUUGGUAAAAAUGAGCUUGCAGCCAUAAUACCUCUGGUGGUGAAGAGUGUCAAGUGCGCAACGGUACUGUCGGACAUUUUGCGCAGGUGCACUCUGACCACUCCUGGCAUGGUGGGACUUCACGGAAGGAGGAACUCUGGUAAGCUCAUGUCACUGGACAAAGCCCCUUUGAGGCAACUCUUGGAUGCCACGAUCGGGGCCUAUAUCAACACGACGCACUCACGGCUCACCCACAUCAGCCCUCGGCACUAUAGUGAGUUCAUCGAGUUCCUCAGCAAGGCCCGAGAGACCUUCCUAAUGGCACACGACGGACACAUUCAGUUUACACAGUUCAUUGACAACCUGAAGCAAAUCUACAAAGGCAAAAAGAAACUGAUGAUGCUGGUUCGGGAGAGGUUUGGUUGAUAGACAGACCUUGUAUGAGUGGGUGGGGGUGGGGCGGGAGGGACGGUUUGUUUUU